ACGUCUCCGCGUAAAAAUAAAGUCCACGCCGCGCUCGCGCACUUCAACCCAUUUAUAAUUAUCAGUAAAUCGCUGCACGAGCGCUUGACUGCCGCGGCCGGCGACCGCUCGCUGAAAAGAAAAUCACAAUCCCAACCACGAACUUAGCCCUCGCUCUCCCCGUCCCCCUGGCCCUUUACGCGACUCGCAAAUCGUACCGGCCCUAGUCCUACCGGCGUCCCGGCCGACAGCCCCGAGACUGUCGCUCCUACGCAAUACACACCGGUGACGGAACCGAAAACGCGCUCCGUUGGACAACGUGUGUGCUCUGUGAUUACGAUUAUGUUGUGUCAGUGAUAACAGUGUGACGGUUGUUAUAUAAACAUGCCCGAAAAGUCUAAACGUCGGAAAAACAAUAAAAAUAAACGGAAAAAUAAAAACAAUCGACCUGAUAACAAUAAGAAUGCGAACAGUGAUGUGAAGGAUCUCGCUUCGGUUGAGUCGGGUAGUGUUCAAAGUUUAGAAUGCCUGGACAACAAUGAAGUGACUAAUUUACAGUCGGAAAAUGUUGCUAAAGUCGUGCAACCGUGCACGGGAGACUUAAUUAGUAAUGCAGAAAAUAGUAUUCAAAAUGAAUGCAGAUCGCAGACGUGUCAACAAGAUCUUAAUAAUAAUAGUGAAACUUCAGAAGUAUCCUGUGAUCCGGUGAUAAUUGCAGAUUCUGAGACGCAGGAUUCUGAAACAUAUAUUGUAGAAUCUCCAGAACAGACAGUGAAAAGUAAGCCUAAGACUAAACUGAGUAAUAAAAUAAAAAGCAAAAGCCUAGAUAAUGACGAUGAUACAAAAAUUGAAGAAAUAAUAGAUGAUGGUGGCGAUCAAUGUGAAAAUGAUAAUAGUAUGACAGUAAUAGACAGUAAUGUCUUAGUUUCUGAUGUAGAAUCAGAUGUAGAAUGGGAAAAAAUAGAUGAAGAUCAAACCACUCAGCCCGAAGAACAUGCAACAGGAACAUUGUCUAUUACUACCAUUCCUCUAAACGUCGCACUAUGUGAACAAGCGAAAUCACUUACUCCUGACGAGGAAACAUCUUUAAGACAUUACUUAAAAACAUUAAACCUAUCGACACAUCCUAAUGUUAAUGCAAUUGAAAUCAAAACAGAAAUUGAACAAAUAAUAAAUCGCGAAAUAAGACACCGACUUCGCAAAAAAGGUCUUGCUGAUGAUUUUAUUCCUUCAAGGUUGGGUCCCCCAAGGAUUUUAGAUGUGAUCGAUGAAGAAGGUAGUAGCGAAUCAUCUUUAACGUCGCGUAGACAGUCAUAUCUUAGCGAUAAAAAGAGUGACAAUGAAGAAUUAGAAGAUGAUGUUUUUGAAGAUCCGUCAAAGGUUACAAAAAAGCAAUCUUCAAACUCCACAUCUACUAUUGGGCGAAGCCAUAAAAUGAUAGGUCAAUUAGUACCUCAAGAAUGUUUCUUAGUUGGAGCUAAGUUAAAGGAAUCUGAAGUUGCAGAAGCUCGAGGUGACUGGACUAUGCAAACUGUUGAGAAAAUGAAAGGAGCUGAGGUUGUUUAUUUAACAGAUUCAUCUAGCAGUACCAGCUCAGUCCACGAACUAUGCGAUGAUACUGACAAUGGCGAGGAUACUGACGUUUCAGUCCGAAUGAUAACUCCGACUAUAGAAGUUACUGAUACAGACAAAUUACUGAAAAAUACUUUUAUCACUGAAAACGAUAAAAAGAUUGACUUGCAACUGGAAAAAGACACAAAUAUAGAAAUUUUUACGAAUAGUGAAGAAAAUGAUCUGAAUAAUAGUGACAAAGCAAAUGAUCAUGAAAUAAUAGUUUCAUCAAUUGAUGAUAUUAAAACAAAUUUGUAUGUCAAAGAUAUUGAUGAACAUUGUCAAGAUAGCCUUACAGAUACUACAAACAAGAAAGUAGACUUACAAACGAGUGAUAAAUCAAAAUCCGACGAAGACUACAAUCUUCAAAUGAAAGUACUCAAAUGCGAAUUGAAUGAUGCUAUCAAUAAUUUGAUAAAGGAAGUUUCUAGUGACUCUGAGACUAAUGAAAAUCCUAAAGACAAUUUUGUGCGUCAAGAUUCUUCUAGUAGUGUUGGCUCCUCUUCCCAAUGCACGGCAAAAUAUAAUCCAACCCACUCCUCCUUGAAUGAUGUUUCUAACAUGGUGCAUGAUGAGAUGAGCUCAGGUCCCAAAUUAUCUAGAAAUAAUUCUCAAGAAAAUAGCGCAAGUCAUGUAAAAGAUGUAUUUGAAUGUGUUACAGGGGCACCUGCACAAAAUAACAACGAAAGCGAUCACAAAACCAUUCAGCCUUCAGCUUUACGAGAUAUUUGUGUCAGAAGAAUUGCUUCUUUGCCAUAUGGAGAAAAAAUACUAGAAGAAUUAGCAUCUGUAUCAGAACGCUUGCAAAGUAUUAAUAGUUUUGGCAUUAAAACUGUUAACAAUAAGGAAUUAGUAUCUACUGAAGAAAAUCAAACUAAGAACAUGCCUUAUUAUCCUUUGCCAGAUGUAUCGGUGAUUGAAAAAGUAUCUUUGCCAGUUCAUCAGAAAAAACCUCAGCCACCUCCUGUACAACCCAGAAAUUCUUCUUUAAAGAAAUCUCAAGAUGAUAAUCACUGGACUGGUGUGCCAACCGAGGUCGAACCAGUUUAUGUAUGCUUUUCUCCAUCACAAAAAAUGCUUAUGGAAAAAACAAACACUGUUAUUACUAAAGAAGAUGCAUCACAACUUGUUGAUAUGCACAAAAAAUAUGUUGAUCGCAGGGGUUAUAACGAACCUAACCACACUAAGAAACAUAAUGUUGAAGAACUCCAAAAUCCACCAAUAGUUCCUUUCAAGUCUCAGACUGGUAGUCGUUUGCUAGCACUAAUACGAGACCCAACAGUCACCUCCAAUGUAAAUUCAAAUGUUAACAGUCGUUACCAAAGCAGUUAUGAGAAUAUCAGGAAAACAUUUAGCAAUUAUGAAAGGAAAAAUGAAAACAACUUUUCUUCUAAUUUUAAACCUAUUCCACCACCAAGACCAAAGAAAUAUUCAUCAUCUUUUUACGAAAGUGACGAAAGUUCCGACUUCACAGACAACUCUAUGCGUUCGAUUAGAAGCGAAAAAAAGUCGUUCCAUUACUCAACGGGAAAUCUGAGUAAAGAUAUAGAAAAUGAUAUAUCGUCGAUACAAAACAUGCACCGAUAUUAUACACAUACUCGUGAUAGUUUGAGUGAUCUUAAUCGUCCUAGACGACCCUCUUUACCUAAAGAUCUCUGUGAUCAACAAAUGGAGUAUAUUCGUCGAAAAGAGAAGGAAGUAGAAGCUGAAAUCAAACGCUUAGAACAGGAAAAAAUCCAUAUGGCUGCAAGCAAAAAAGGUCCCAGAGCUCCGUUAAUAGCCGAAAAACCUGCGCCAGAAAGAAAUAUCCUAAUGGAUGAUCAUCAUUUUGCGCAGAAAAAAGAUGUAUCUUUAUCCCAAUCCUCUGAAAAACUAAAUAGGAGUAAAUUAUCAUCAGUUUUUAGCAGCAGUCAAGAGGAACUCUUGCGUGACAAAAUGUAUUCCGAGUACGUAACUCAAAUGGCAGAAAGACAAGAAAGAAAACAACAUAAAAUUAUCAAAAUUACCAACCCGACUCCAUCAUUAAAUAGUAGUAAUAGAUCAGUGUCUAAAAGUUUAUCGGCUCUUGAAAUACUUGAUUCUAAAGUAAAUAAUCGUAUUGAAAAGGAGUUUAUAUCAAAAGCCAGAGAAAGAUGGAAUAAGCUUGGUAUUGCAGAUCCCGAAACUGAAGACGAAAGAGAAAAUAAGGAUGUGUAUAGGGAACCAAAAGUGAUAGAACAUAAGAUCAAAGUGAUUGAGGGUGGUGAGGAGACGGAUGUUAAAAAGUUGCCUUCACAUUUGCAAGAGUUUGUGACUUUUACAGCGAAACAAAAAGAACAAGGGGCUGCCAGUUCUGCCGUGUGGAGGCCGGGUGCGCCCGCGCCGGUGCCCGCGCGCAGCCCCGGCGCGCCGCCGCCGCCGCCGCCGCCGCCUGUGUGGACGCCGGGCAGCGCGGGUCCUUCGCCCCAGGCGCCGCGCAAGUCCUUCAGGCCGGUCCACUUCGAGGAGACGCCGCCCGCCCGCCGUAAAUUUGUGAACUCUGAACAAAACGGUUGCACCAGCGGUUCGGAGAGCGAAGGACGCCUGCGCACCUCUCACAGUGCUCCAGUCACCGGUCUCAACACCUUGGGCGGAGUGAGCAACACCAGCCGACUGCCUAAAGCGCAGAACCCCACCGUUACUCUGCUGCAAAAAGCACGAGAGGGCCAAAUCCCGCGUAUAUCCAGCUACCUGCAACAGGAACGAGACGCGGCGCGCCUCCCGCGUGAUAGACCGUCUCCGCCCAUAGGAGAUCCAGUGCAUGUGUUGCGCAAGGAGUACGCUAGCGAAAGCGAGGCGGAGUACGAGCGAGGCCCUCGGAAGAUGGCCGACUCGCCCCGCAAGGUCGAAGGCAUAGGACCCACUACCAAAGACGGCAUGCCGGUUACACUCAGAUCUGAAGUUAAGGACCCCUCAAGGUGGUACAAAAAGAUGUACGACACAAUACACAAAAAUAAAUACGACGACGAUUAUGUGACAAUACGAUACAAAAAUCGCCGAGGUCAACCACCCCAGCGGGUGACGAACAAAUCCCAGUACGCGUACUUCGAUCCUCGAUCGGGGUACCUUAGUGAACCCGAAGGAGGGCUCAGCAGACUCGGCUCUAGCACGUGGAGUGACGCGUACGACAGUGACGUCACCACAGGGCCAAGGAGGAGGACCGCGUCUGUUCAGGAAGAGAGGAGGAUCAGCGAUGCUACGUCGCCUUACCUGCCAAAUAAUAAAUAUAGCACCUUAGCGUCUGCAAGAGCUAGUCAAGAAGUAUACAAAAACCAACCUGGAAGGAUAGAAAACUACGUCCCUGGAAAAUCGUCUGUCGUUGACAAAGAAGCCAAACAGUGGUGGGACGAGGUCAUGGACAUUUUUGAUGGGUGGCUAGACGACAACUCCCCCCUGCCUCCUUACACGACGUUGCUCGCUCGCGCCAUACAAAAGAGUCAAAAUAUUUCGAGCACCACCUCGUUACCUCAAGCCUCUCCCAAAGAGAAAAAGGAUCUGACAUCGACUAUUUUAUCCAAAUCAAAUAUGGCAAGGGCGUUAAAAGAAUCCGGCUACGAAUCGGACUCCACCCUAGUCUUCCGUCGCCGAGACGACACAGAAGCCCCCCUCUCCCCCGCUGAAAGACGGGCAGCCUACAGAGACCUACAGGCGGGAGGGGAGCCCCCCCUCCGAGGAUUCCGUUCACCAGCGCCACCUAGGACAGAGACGGACUCGGCGCCAGAGCCUCCAAGGAGAACGCCACACGGGAGCUAUUCGGAUACAGAAUCCCCCCGGCGUUACCUGGAAAGCGACGUUAACAUCCACUACCGAUGCCCGGUGCGCCACGACCCGCUCCCCUUGGUGCCGGAGCGGGAGCUGGCCCGCCAGCAGGCGGAGCACAUGAAGAAGCUCUACAGGGAACAGAGGAGGAACAAGUACUUACAGGAAAAUGAAAUACACCCCGCAGAUAUAGAAGCGUUUGAUGCAUCAAUGAAGGAACUACAAGACAUGCAGAACAGGCGGCAUCAGGACAACUUCACUCCAUCGCAAAAGAACAUCCUACCCCUCAACCGGUAUGACGAGGCAGAGAGGGUAGUUGCUCGAGCGCUGUAUGCCUUCAACGGGCAGACGGCCAGGGAGCUCAGCUUCAGGAAAGGAGACCUGAUCCACGUCAGGAGACAGAUCGACGCGAACUGGUACGAGGGAGAGAUCCAUGGGAGAAUAGGGCUGUUCCCGUACAAUUAUGUUGAGAUAAUGAAAGGCGAAGUGGCCCAUUCUCCCAAAAAGCCGGCAGUGAUCGAAGGGAGAGCGCGCGCGAAAUUCGACUUCACGGCGCAAACCAACCUUGAACUGCCUCUGAAGAAGGGCGAGGUGGUGGUCCUCACGAGGCGAAUCGACCAGAACUGGUGGGAGGGCAGGAACGGCACCAAAACUGGCAUCUUCCCGGACAGCUACGUGACUAUCCUGCAGGAACCCAGUCAAAGCAAACCGGAACCUCACCCAACCUUAAACACUGAUAAGCCGGUGGCGUCCCCAGCAGCCCAUGGGCUUCUCAACGGGACAGCUAAGAGAAGCAUGGGUGCCCACAGCUACAUGCCACAGCCGAAUAACCCUGCCCUAGGCAAUGCACCUCCCGCCACACAGCCCCUGCCAGGUUACGUAGCGAAACCAGCGCAGGCGACGUUGACUCCAGCGGAGCGCGGCUACGGACCGCCAACUGGCGCUGGCGUGGACCUCAACAACACCGAGCCGCUCUAUGUCGACACCAAUGCUGAGGCCGUGCCGUACCGAGCCAUGUACAAGUACCGGCCACAGAACCCCGACGAGCUGGAGCUGAACGAAGGCGACACGGUGUACGUGCUGGAGAAGUGCGACGACGGCUGGUACGUCGGCUCCAGCCAGCGCACCGGCCGGUUCGGCACCUUCCCGGGCAACUACGUGGAGCGCAUCUGAUAGCGGGAGUGGUCGCUGCUGCGCCGCCUCCGCCGCGCCACGCUCUGCGCGCGCCGCACGCGUUGAUGACGUCACGCGUACGCAACGCGAUCGCUCUCAUGACGUCACGCGAUCGCUCCGAUAUAGCUCUCAAACGUCACACUAACGAGGCAGCAAAUACAACGAUUUGAGAGCGAAUACGGAGCGAUGAAUCGCAGUUAGAAUACUUGGGACUUGCGCACACAAAUGGGGUAGUUGAUACCAUUGGUCAGUGGUUAUGAACUGUCAAAUGUGUUUCUGCCACAGAUUAAGUAAGUAUAGCAUAAAACUAUGACGUCACUUUUUCGCUAAAUCUAUAGACCAACUAUUUAUUGAUGUCAAAGAUUUUGGUUAAUGGUGUCAGCUACUCAAUUUCACAGGCAUGCCGUAAAACGUCUUUUUGUUCAGCCUGCACUUGUAUGGUACUUCAGAUUCAUAUCAAAAUUAGUUGUACUGUACAGUCGCGGCAAAUUAGACGGCCUAAAGUAAACCUUAUGAUACCAAAACUAUACCAUGACUUUAGAAUUGUGUACAGAAUAAAAAAAUCCCAGUUGUGUUAUUAACAUCGUCACUUUUUAACCUGUAACCCCAAAGUUCACAUUAUAUAGGACGUGUAUUCGAAUAUUUAAUUUAUAAUCACAUUUACCGCUUCAACUUUACUUGGCGAAAGCUAACCAGACCCAAUGUCAGUAUAAUCAAUCCAAAGUUGUUUUACGCCUCCCAAAGAAUAUCUUUAUCGGUUAAUAAUUAUUAUGAUGUUGUAUAAUUGUAUAAAAAAUAAUAAAAAUACUUAUAUACCUGUACAAUUGUUUAGCAUAGUUAUUUAUUUAAACGUAUGAAUGGAGUAUAGGGCUCGUCUUUUAAAAGUUGAUUUUAAAAGAGCGUAGUUCACGUGGAUUACUAAUUCUUAUGAUUAACGAUUUAUACCUUGAAGCAAAGGUCAAACUUUGAAUUUUAACACUUGAAAUAUUGGACGGUAACAAAGUUUAGACUAUUUGUAUCGAUCGGCUAUUACCACCGAAUAAUAAAAAGUGUAUGAAGUAGUCAUAUUUAAUCCUAGUUUUAUAAAGAAGUGUAUUUCUCUGCCAUUUUUACGCAUACUAUAUCUACUUAUACAGCAUGCUACCGUGUCUCAUUCUUGCAUAAAUCCUUCGGCACUUUUUAUUAUUCCGCAUUACUGCAGUAAAACUGAUAAUGUUUACCGAGUAUAAGUAUUAGUUACCACAUUAACAUAGCUAUUUAAUCGUGUAAUAUUGUAAUACUCAGGCGACUAUGCGAUUUUGUAUAUAGGGCGAGUUAUUUCGGCAACCGUUGACAAUACAUUACUGUAUGCUUAAUUUAAAAUUAGGUGGAUGGUAAAUAUAUGAGUGAUAUGUAAUCUGACGUCAUUGUAUCGUAGCUUCUCGAGAUAUCUGGCAAAAGAACCUUAGCUGUAUUACUGGAUGAUACUGAGUAUUUAUAUUGCUAAACUUAAAUGUAUCCAGAAGAUAUUUUAUGUGUAUCAUAUCAACUGAAAUCAAACAAAAAAUUGUAAUUAUCCUUUUUAGAUGGAAAAUUCAGUUUAUUAUGUUACCCUAAUCCCUGAAAUUUUCUAAAUAAAUCGUUAUCUUCCAGAUAAAGCCGCAUAGAUGCAAAAAUGUUUUAUUGUAAUCUAGUCAUGAAUCAAAUUUUGUACAUUUUUACAUUGUUGUAUACAAUGCCCUAUUUCAUUACGAUGACUAUAAUUUAUACAAUCUUACAUUAUACAUUUAUAUACAAUGUGUAGCUGUUUAUUAGGGUAUAGUUGGAUUUUUAAGCAUGCAUUGGCUUGGUAUAAAAUGUUGUAAUAGUUGUUUACUAUUUCCCAAAGAGAUAGGUAUCCCCUCGCCCUAUUUUAAGCUUGAUUUGUGUAGUAGGCAGAAGCUUUCAUUAUUUUUUAACCCAUUGUAUUGUUGUAUUUACUUUUGUUAAUUUAUUUUUUAAUAAGAAGCACAAAUGUUUUAUUUUGUUGUUGACACCUCGACAUACGAUAACAUUAACUGCUAUUGUUCAAAAUCAUCACACCUAAUAAAAUAAUCUUUCUAUUUAAAA